CGAUAAAACAGUUAAGGCGCUCAUUCAAUCGGUUCAUUUGUUUAUUUGAAAUUUUAUUUCAUUUCUUACAACUUUAAGUGUCCUAAAAACAUUUUAGGAUGGCCUUCUCCCAGUCGCUAGAUAUUGGGAAUAGCACUUUAUUAAAUUUAGACAGUCAGGCACGUCAUGCCUUUGAUAUAGGAGAGAAAGGUCAACAAGACGCGCACAAUAAAUUAGGGAAUAAAGAAGAUGCAGUGGAUGUGAUACAGGAGUCGCCGGAACAUGGCAAACGCUCCAAGCAAUUUAGUAAUAUUGCUGGUAUGUCCAUGUUUAGCAGGUCACGUACACAGCGACAAUUAUCUCGGAACAACUGCAGUAAGACAUCUGCCCAAAAUGUGGAUGUAUCAGAAAAAGAUAGGCGACGAUUGCGGAGAAGCAAAUCGGAUUCGACACUACAAAAACCAAACACUUUAAAUGGCACCAACAAAGCUGAGAAUUACACUGAAUUGUUUCGUAGUGGCUUUACGUUUUCUAUAGAAGGAGAACAGCAAAAAAGUGCUUUUGGUGAAAGUGGUUCUGUAUUGCGUGUCUCACAAAUUGAAGCAGUUUUUGAAAUGAUACAGGAGGAAAAGUUGGAAGUGGCGGUAGAUGUAGAUGAAAUGAUUGUGGAGGAUGAGCAUGCUGUAAAUAAUGAUUUAGAUAUGCCCAUAUUCUCUGAAGAUUUAAAUGCACUAUUGGCAAAUGUGAAAAGUAUACAAGAAGAAAAAGACGUGUCUGACGUGGCUGCACCUAGUUCAAUGUCUUUGUCGCAGUUUGCGAUUGAUAGUACUAAAUGUGAAGAAAAAAUUACAGACGAAAUAGCUGAAGUUGAUGCACGCCAAUUGGAUCAGAGUAGAUUUAUUUGCGCUGAUGCGGGCAGUUUAGAAGCAAAACAGCAAUUAGAAAAAGAAUUAGAAAUUAGUCGGCGGGAAGUGACUAAAGUUGAUGAAGUUUUGCAGCCAAAGAAAGUGAGAACAGGCGCGAAUGCAUCUUAUGCACAACGUUCUACCACAAGUUUCACAACCACAAAUGUCACCUCAGUAAAAAAAACGGAUGAUAUUGUGCGCGAUUUAGAAACACUAAAACGUAUUAGCGCUUGGAAUUUGCCACAUAGUGUUUUAAAGGAAUACGAAAAGAAGGGUGUGAUAAAAAUGUUUGAUUGGCAAGUAGAAUGCCUCAGUAAUCCUAAGGUUAUAUUUGAACACUGCAAUCUCGUCUACUCUGCACCCACUUCUGCUGGUAAAUCUUUAGUCAGUGAGAUUUUACUAUUAAAAACUGUGUUGGAGCGUAACAAAAAGGUGCUUUUUAUACUGCCCUUCAUUUCUGUGGUACGCGAGAAAAUGUUUUACUUACAAGAUUUAUUAACUGUAGCUGGCUACCGCGUUGAAGGUUUCUUCGGCGGCUACACACCACCUGGUGGAUUUGAUAGCAUACAUGUCGCCAUAUGUACCAUAGAGAAGGCUAACUCGAUUAUAAAUAAAUUACUGGAGCAAGGUAAACUUGACGACAUAGGCACAGUGGUCGUGGAUGAAGUGCACUUGAUCUCCGAUCCAGGACGUGGUUACAUACUCGAACUGCUAAUUGCGAAAGUGUUGUACAUGUCACGCAAAUAUGGCUUCCAUUUGCAAGUAGUCACAAUGUCCGCCACAUUAGCCAAUGUUGAAUUGCUGAAACGUUGGUUAGACGCAGAGUUAUUCAUCACCGAUUUCCGACCUGUCGCGCUGAAGGAGAUGAUUAAAAUCGGUAACAAAGUGUUCGAUUCCAAAUUGCGUCCUUUGCGUGAUAUCACCUCACCCUUACAGGGCGAGGUACAUCCACUGCCGCCAAUACAGAAUGACAAUGACCACGUAGCACAAUUGUGCAUUGAAACCUUACUGGAAGGCUGCUCUGUGAUUGUAUUCUGUCCGUCGAAAGAUUGGUGUGAGAAUUUAGCUACCCAACUGGCAAGCGCCAUACAAUCGCUUAUACGUAAAGACGACUAUUGGGGUAAGCGUUUGCGCGCGCAAAUUAAAAGCGACGAAAUUGAGCAGGUAAAAAAACAGUUGCGCGAUAUACCGACAGGUCUGGAUACUGUGCUCGAGAGAAUGAUCACAUUUGGUUGUGCCUUCCAUCAUGCUGGACUUACAAGCGAAGAACGUGAUAUUAUCGAAGCGAGCUUUAAGGCAUGUGUUUUGAAGAUAAUUGUGGCGACCAGCACACUCAGCUCGGGUGUCAAUCUGCCAGCGCGACGUGUGUUGAUACGUACACCGCUCUUUGGCGGAAAGCAAAUGAGUUCACUCACAUAUCGGCAAAUGAUUGGACGCGCAGGACGCACGGGAAAGGAUACUUUAGGAGAAUCGAUUUUAAUUUGCACACCUGUCAACACGCGUAUUGGCCAAGAAUUGAUACAAGCAGAUUUGAAGCCAAUCUACUCUUGUCUGGAACAAGAGAGUAGUACUCACCUUAAACGCGCCUUACUGGAGGUGAUCUCUUCCGGUGUCGCCAUAACCAAGGAUGACAUUGAGAGCUUCGUCAACUGCACACUUUUGAGUGCCGAAAAGCAACUCAGCGAGCAGGGCAAGGAUAAAAGCACCGAUGACGAAGCACAUUUCAUAAAGGAUGCGCUCGAUUUUCUUAUAGAAUAUGAAUUUGUGCGUCUGCAAGUCGAUAACGAAACAAAUAGAGAAAGUUACGUAGCUACACGCUUAGGCCAAGCGUGUUUGGCUGCCUCGAUGCCGCCUACUGAUGGGUUGAUACUCUUCGCUGAGCUGCAGAAAUCACGACGUUGCUUUGUGUUGGAAUCCGAGCUGCAUGCUGUGUACUUGGUGACACCUUACUCGGUGUGCUAUCAACUGCAAGAUCUCGAUUGGUUACUCUUUCUCGAUAUGUGGGAGAAAUUGACGCCAGCUAUGAAAAAAGUGGGUGAAUUAGUGGGCGUUAAGGAAUCGUUUCUAGUGCGUGCAAUGCGCGGACAGUCGAAAUUGGACUACAAACUCAUGCAGAUACAUAAAAGAUUCUACACUGCAUUGGCGCUACAAGAACUGGUCAAUGAGGUGCCUAUCAACAAGGUUGCUGUUAAGUAUAAAUGCACGCGUGGCAUGCUGCAAAGUCUACAGCAAAUGUCCUCCACCUUUGCCGGCAUAGUCACCGCGUUUUGCAACUCACUGCAGUGGCCCACACUGUCGUUGGUGGUUUCUCAGUUCAAGGAACGUCUCUUCUUCGGUAUACACAGAGACCUGAUCGAUUUGAUGCGUCUGCCAGAUUUAAAUCACAAACGUGCGCGUGCGCUCUUCGACGCUGGCAUAACAACGCUGGUGGAUCUGGCGAACGCUGAUAUUUUCGAAGUCGAAAAAGUUUUAUAUAAUGCGCUGAGCUUUGAUUCAGCCAAACAGCAUGAUAAUGAAGCGGAUUACGAAGCAGAGCAACGAAAUCAAGCGCGUGAAUUUUUCAUAACGGGAAAAGUGGGUUUGACGGUGGCCGAAGGCGCUAAAUUGCUGGUACAGGAAGCGCGUAUCUUCGUGCAAUAUGAAAUCGGUGUGGGCGCCAUUAAAUGGACCCAAGAAGGUACGAAUGAAGCGAGUUCCAUUCAAAGUUUGCAUAUGUCUUGCGAAGAGCAUGAGAAGGAACUUGGCGUUAAACGCAAAAGUGUUGAGCAACGUAGCGUGGAAGAGAUUACACCACCGAAAUUGAAAAGACUGGAGAAUGAUGCGAAGCAUCAUGAGAAACCGUCAACGAGUAAAAAUGCUUUACGUGCAUUAAGACAGCGUCAGUUGUCGGCGAAAAAUGAUAAGUUAACGGUGCAGGAGAAUUUCAGUUUGAACAGCAAGGAAAAGCAAGGAAUUGAUGUUGAACCGAAAGAGGCGACAACUCAAACAAAUAGCGCGGCGAUUAAUAUAAAAGAAAAUCCCGUUGUACAAACGGUUGGGGCACAGAAGCGAAAUCGCUCAUUAACAGCUGCAACUGUUGCAAAAAUUAUUAAUGCAGAUGGUAAUAAAGAAAAUAAAGAUACUAACGCUGCUAGCAAAGCGUCUCCAACUGCCAAGAAAGCGGAAGUUUUGCAAAGAACAAAUAAAGUAGUUGAUAACAAUAAAAUUGAUGAGAAAAAAGCAAAAAAUGCUGCACAAAAUUUAAAAAAUGUUGCAACAGACUUUAACCUCAAAACAACGAAAAACGAACAAGCGCUAAAAACAGUAAAUAGUGAAACGAAAAAAUAUGCGCUACGUAAAUCUAAUGAAAAUCAAGAAAUUUCAAAGCCGGCAACAAAAGAAAGUGCAACAUUUACACCAAAUGCCAAAAGGAAUGCAAACACACUCACUCCAUCUUCCUUAAAGCAGGCAGGGAGCACCAAAAAUGAUCUCAACUCGGUUAAACAAGCAGCGAGCACCACAAAAAGUCCCACCUCGGUGAAGCAAUCGCCACAAGCAGCACAAGUUAUACGCACUGGAACACGACGUAGUCCACGUAAUCACCAAAGAAACUCGAACGGCACAAAAUUCGGUACUGUGGAAUCAAAAGUACCGCCGCCGACGUCACCACAACCCGCCAAGAAUUCCUCGAAACACUUUGACCAAUCACUUUUUCUCGCUGACGAUUCCUUCGAGUUGAAUACUGGCAUUAAUGCCGCACUUGAAGCAGCAAAUCAGUCGCAUAAAGCCUUGAAGACAUCGCCAACUACAGACAACAAAGCGAAUGACGACGAAAUUGCCGAAUCGCAGCAAAUUGUACCAGCCGUGAUCGAUUCACCCGUGCAGGCGAAGCACUCGGUGCAUGCAUCACGCCUGCUGCGCACGACACAACGCCUGAGAGCUGCGCACAAAAGCCGUAUAACGAAAGAUGAGUCUAACACUAGCACGCACCCUUCGAGUUCUAUAGAAGUGUCAGAUUUAUCACUUGAGAAUUCACUGCUUCAGAAUCCUUUGCAACUUAAUGUAUCGCAUAUUUUGAAUUGCACCAAAGUUGACGACGCCUCCGCGAAUUUCAAAAGUCUUGAGAUUGUGGAUAUCUGUGGUGACGAGCAACUUUUCAGCGCUGCACUGCGUGAGCUCUUGGAGGUCCAACGUUUCGGUUUCUGCAUUGGCUUGCAACAGCAAGAAGCCAAGUGCAAACCACUAAUAGGUGGCAAUUUGCUAAUAAAUCAGCGUGCAGGCACCGAAAAUGCGGCGCAACAGGCGGUCGCAAAAGAGUAUCAAAUCGACGAUCACACAUAUUUAGCGGGUUGCGCUUUUGGCAUCACAGAAAAUGUGGUUUACUACAUGAACAUGCAACCGGAAGGCACAUGCGCCAGCGUCACCACCGAAAUGAAAUGCAAAUUCCUGUCUUCACUGCUAACUACCGGUAAAUGCACGCUACUCUGCGUCGAUGCCAAGGAGCAGUUGAAGGUGUUGUACCGUGUUUUGGGUGAACUCAGUGAGCUGCGCGUGGAACUGGAGGAUCCCAAGGAGGCCAAUUGGCUGUUGCAGCCGGAUAAGUUCAUGACUUUCCAGCAAAUGACUCAACAAUUCGCGCCGGAAUGCACAGCGCUCACCGGUUUAUGUGGCAAUGGACGCGGUUAUAGCAGUCACGGCUUGGACACAGUUAGCGCUAUUACGGCUAAGGUUAGAUGUUCCGUCGAGGCUUGCGUCACGGUGCACAUACUGAAAACCCAAAUAGAAAACCUGGAACGUAUCGGCUCAGGUCAAUUAUACAAAUUUUUUAAAGAACUUCAAAUGCCUUUGCAGAAUUCACUUUGCAAUAUGGAAUUGAUCGGCUUUCCAGCAAAUGAAGCUGCCUUGCGGAAAUUGUUUCAACAAAUGCUGGAAACGAUGAAAAAACUUGAAUUGAAAAUCUACGAAAUGCAUGGUGGAAGAUUCAAUUUGGGCUCAACGAGUGCGGUGGCGAAGGUUCUCGGCCUACACCGCAAACCCAGCGGCCGCGUAAGCACCUCUCGCCAAAUACUUGAAAAGCUGGAUUCACCAAUUUCGCAAGCGAUCAUAGCCUAUCGCAAAAUAAGCACCACACUUUCGAAAAAUAUACAACCACUUUUGAAAUGUGUGCAAAAUAAUAGAAUACAUGGACAGAGUAUAACUUAUACGCAGACUGGACGCAUUUCCAUGACCGAGCCGAAUUUACAAAAUGUGGCCAAGAACUUUGUGGUCACUUUGGAAGGUAGCGAAGACAUAGUUAUAUCCUGCCGCGGCGCAUUUUUUCCCACAGAAAGUGGACGCUGUUUACUCUCCGCCGAUUUUUGUCAGCUUGAAAUGCGCAUACUCGCGCAUCUUUCACAAGACCCAGCGCUGCUGAAGGUGAUGAACACCGAUAGAGACAUUUUCAACGCCAUAGCAGCGCGUUGGCACAAAGUGAGCGAAAAUGCUGUUUCCGCGGAGUUACGCGACGGCACCAAGCAAAUUUGCUAUGGCAUCGUUUACGGUAUGGGCAUGCGCAGUUUGGCCGAUGCCUUGAAGUGCACCGAACAGGAGGCAACAACGCUAUCGCAGCAAUUCCAUUUGGCCUAUCCGAGUAUAAGAGCAUAUACCGAAAAAGUAGUAAAAUUUGCACGCAAUAAUGGUUAUAUUGAAACCAUCACGGGACGUCGUCGUUAUUUGGAGCAUAUAAAUAGUUGUGAAUCACAGCAGAAAAAGCAUGCCGAGCGCCAGGCAAUCAAUUCGACGAUACAAGGUUCGGCCGCCGAUAUAGCAAAGAGUGCUAUACUACGCAUGGAGAAGAAUAUCGAGAAGUAUCGUGACAAAUUGGGUAUAACGAGCUCGAAAGCAGUGCGUUUCGUGCUGCACAUACACGACGAGCUGGUAUUCGAGCUGCCCACUGAGAAGGCGAAAAAAGUUGCGAAAAUCUUGAGUCUCACCAUGGAGAAUUGCGUUAAGCUGAGCGUGCCGCUUAAGGUGAAACUCAAAAUGGGUCGGAGUUGGGGCGAGCUGCAAGAUAUCAAGUUAUAACCACUACACAGCUCAAUUUGUUGAUAUUUUAAAAAAUAAUAAUUAUUUGUUAAGUUUGCCAAUUUAUACGCCUACAAAAUACAAUUCAUUAAGCGAGAUACAAAAUA